UUUUGACUUUGAGGAGCAAGCAGAGCAGUUGGAGCUAAUACCCAUCAUGGAAGUGGAAACCAUUGAAUCUGAGCCAGACUGUGUAGUACAGCCUCCCUCUCCUACUGAUGAUUUUUCAUGCCAAAUGAGACUCUCUGAGAAGAUCACUCCCUUGAAGACUUGUUUCAAGAAAAAACCAGAUCAGAAAAGAUUGGGAACUGGAACUCUACGGUCUUUGAGGCCAAUAUUAAAUACUUUGUUAGAAUCUGGAUCGUUGGAUGAAGUUUUUAGACCUAGAAACCAGAGUGCAGAUGAGAGCAGCUUACACGACUCUAUUGUGAAAAAGCCCCUAGAAAUGAGUACACCGUGUCCCCCAGCAGAAAACAGUAUGUCUGUCCUGAUUCCUGAUGGGACAAAUGUUAGGAGGCAAAUACCAGAAGCUCAUCCUCCCACUGAUGCUCCAGAACAAGUGGUUCCAAUCCAGGAUCACAGUUUUCCACCAGAAACCAUCAGUGGGCCAGUGACAGAUUCUACUGCAGGACACUUCCAAGCUGAUCUGUUGCACCCUGUUUCAAGUGAUGUUCCUGCUAGUCCUGACUGCAUAGACAAAGUCAUGGAUUAUGUUCCCGGGAUUUUCCAAGACAACAGUUUUACAAUCCAGUACAUUUUGGACACCAGUGAUAAACUGAAUACUGAACUCUUCCAGGACAAAAGUGAAGAGGCUUCCCUUGACCUCGUGUUUGAGCUUGUGAACCAGUUGCAGUACCACACUCAUCAAGAAAAUGGAAUUGAAAUUUGCAUGGACUUUUUGCAAGGCACUUGUAUUUAUGGCAGGGAUUGUUUGAAACACCAUACAGUAUUGCCAUAUCACUGGCAGAUCAAGAGGACAAUUACUCAAAAAUGGCAGAGUGUUUCCAAUGAUUCCCAGGAGCACUUGGAAAGAUUUUAUUGCAAUCCGGAAAACGAUAGAAUGAGGAUGAAGUAUGGUGGACAAGAAUUUUUGGCAGAUUUAAAUGCCAUGAAUGUUUAUGAAACAACUGAAUUUGACCAACUACGAAGGCUGUCCACACCACCCAGUAGCAAUGUCAACUCCAUUUACCACACAGUUUGGAAAUUCUUCUGUAGGGACCACUUUGGAUGGCGAGAAUAUCCCGAGUCGGUUAUUCGAUUGAUUGAAGAAGCUAACUCUCGGGGUCUGAAAGAGGUUCGAUUUAUGAUGUGGAACAAUCACUACAUCCUCCACAACUCUUUCUUCAGGAGAGAAAUAAAAAGGAGACCACUCUUCCGCUCCUGUUUUAUACUGCUUCCGUAUUUACAGACACUUGGUGGUGUUCCCACACAGGCUUCUCUGCCUCUUGAAGCAACCUCUUCAUCACAAGUCAUCUGCCCAGAUGGGGUCACCUCUGCAAACUUUUACCCUGAAACUUGGGUUUAUAUGCAUCCAUCUCAGGACUUCAUCCAAGUGCCUGUUUCUGCAGAGGACAAAAGUUACCGAAUCAUUUACAAUCUCUUUCAUAAGACUGUGCCUGAGUUUAAAUACAGAAUUUUGCAAAUAUUGAGAGUUCAAAACCAGUUUCUUUGGGAAAAAUAUAAAAGGAAAAAAGAAUAUAUGAACAGGAAAAUGUUUGGCCGUGACAGAAUAAUAAACGAGAGACAUUUAUUUCAUGGAACAUCCCAAGAUGUGGUAGAUGGAAUCUGUAAGCACAACUUUGAUCCUCGAGUCUGUGGAAAGCAUGCUACCAUGUUUGGACAAGGCAGUUAUUUUGCAAAGAAGGCAAGCUACUCUCAUAACUUUUCUAAGAAGUCCUCCAAAGGAGUUCAUUUCAUGUUUCUGGCCAAAGUACUGACUGGCAGAUACACAAUGGGCAGUCACGGCAUGAGAAGGCCCCCUCCACUCAGCCCUGGCAGUGUCACCAGCGACCUGUAUGACUCCUGUGUGGAUAAUUUCUUUGAGCCUCAGAUUUUUGUCAUUUUUAAUGAUGACCAGAGUUACCCUUAUUUUGUUAUUCAAUAUGAAGAAGUCAGUAACACUGUUUCCAUUUGAAAAAUCUUGGUACUGCUAAAUUAUUUGAUAUGAACUCAAUCCAGCAUUUGUAGCAGGUUUUGGAUGGGUGGGGAUGGGUGGGGAACAGCAUUGGACAUUAAUAGGGCACUUUUCAGACCCAUUUUUUAAGUGCUAGAAAGUGAAUGAUUUUUUUUGUUUUGUUUUGUUUUUAAGAAAACACAAGUUUUUAAAUGUCCACUUAUCCUUUACUUACUGUCAUUAGUGUACUCAGUGUGGAAAAGACUACAGAUUACAUACUGUUUCCAUUCACACUUGUACAUAUAGUCAGCAAUGUUAAUAGAGAUUUUUUUUUUUUUUUUUCUUAAGACACUGAACAUCAUCCUAACUAGAAAAUGUGGCUUGGGCCUGGUAGAAGGUAGGUGAGGUGAAAUGGAGGUUCUGAGCAAAGUGAGCAUUACAUUUAUUUACAAUGAUAAAACUGACUGGAACUGGUACUACCAUGCAUAUUCCCUAUCCAAAGCAUUACUGCUAUGGUGUAGGAUGAGUUCAUGAAACUCUGGUGGGUAGAAAGAAAUUUUCUAUCAGUAAGACUGAAAUGUAUCACAUAGGAAGGCAUUACUGACAUUAACUGUCUAACACAGUUUGCCUGAGAACCCAGAGUUCUGUUUAGGGUACUAAAGAAAAAAAAACUGAAAAGUUUUCCUCACCAGCGAAAUUUUUCAUUUACUAGUUUUGAGAGACAAUUCCCAUGUUGUUAAACAUGAGCCUUGAAAAGCUCAGUCUCUUCCAUUAUCAUCCAUCCCCAUUUGAAGGAGUUAGACAGCUAAUUUAAGCCAGUUUUGAGGUUUUAAAAGUAUUACUUUCUUUUGGGGUUCCAGGUCUGGCCCCUGAUAAAAGGUUUUAAAGACAGGAAGUACAUCUACAAUAGAAUUGACACCGUUUAUUACUGUGCUUUGUACAAAGUAGACUCUCAAAAGUAUUUGUUGACUUGGAGUUACUGUUAAGGGUGAUAAUCCCACCCCUAGGCCUGCUUUGCCAGAUGCUGCUAGGUUCCAUGGCUGCCUCUGUAUCUUACACUACUUACAUAAUAGAAACACAAACUUGAGAAUUGUGCCACUGGCCCAGCUGGAACACCGUUAGGUGAAUAUGCUGAUGGCUCAGUUCAGAGAAGUAGCAGCUAGGUAUACUUCGCUUUUAGCAAAGCAAAUACUUGGGCUUAUAAAAGUGGAGGUGGUUAUUCAAAACAGUUUACCACAGAAUUCCUUCAGAUAUCAAGCUCUCCUAGUAUGUUGGCAAUUUUUUCAUAUACACAUAACUUUCCAGGAAUUUCUAUGUUGUUUAAAGCAAGAUAUAUCUAUACUGGUGUCUCAGUGAAUCAGUCUGUUUAAGCACUUAUCAGGGCUUCCACACAGUUAUUUAUUUUGCCCUAGUUGAUCCUGUUGUUUGCUGCCUUUGGCAUGAAACGGCCAACUAUGGCUGUUAUAUGAGUCAGUUGUUCUUUCAUUUGAUUAUAACCUUGUAAAACCAGUGUCCCCAAUCUUUUUCAAAGUUAAGACACCUUACCGUUGCUUAUUUGAUUUUAUGAAACGUGUUCCUUUUUUCUCCCUAAAGGAAAAAAAAAAAAAAAAAAAGCUUUAUGACAUAUUUAUUUUUUUAAUAAAAUUAAGCAAAAAUAAAAGUUCUGGUAAUUCGUUAAAAA